AUGAUCGAUGAGCUUGCAGAUGUUUCAAAGAAAAAUCAAAAAUUAAUUUUUCAAUACGAAAUGAGGAUUAAAGAGCUUGAAAACCUUUUAGAAAUUAAUAGAGAAGAGAUUGACAAUAAUCCUAUUGAAAACAAUAAAUUUCAAAAUGAUCUAAAAAUCAAAUAUGAUUGUUUAAAACAUGAAUUGAAACGCACAGAAUUCAAAUGGAGAAUUAAGCUUCAAAGAUUAAGAAUUAAAGAAGAAAUACUGCUAAGACAAAUCAAUUUAACAAAAAAUGAAAUUGAAACAAUUUACACAAAAUUUAAAAAAAUUAAGGAUAUAGAAAAUAACCAAAAUUCAAAAGAGUUUAACUUGACUUCACUUCGCCAGAAAUCAAACACUCCUGUAAUUUUUAUAAAGGUUAUGUGCUUUGACUAUGAAAAGCCAGUAUCUUCAACAUUUCGUAUAAAUAAAAGUUUUGCAUAUUAUGCACAUAAAGGAGAAUAA